UGGGACUAAUUUCACUCAGUUUUAGAAUGUCGAUUACCCACUAUUACCAGAAUUUUGGGACCAGGGGCCGUAUUUUUGAAACUUUAAGAAGAACUUUUUGAAGCCUUUUUGAGGCAAAAUUCGCACACGAACUAAAAAGUGCAUCUUUGAACAGCAUUCGAAAUUUCAUUCGCAUACGAACAUGAAAUGUAGUGGCAACGUAGCAAAGUCGAGUGCUAUUGAAGGCCAUGUCAAACGGGAUGAAGACGAUAAAGAUUUUUUAACCUAACCUGAAAUUUAAGUUUAAAAACAUCAGGGAAUUUUGAGGUUGUUUUCACGGCGUUUCUUGGGUUUUUUAAAUUGACUUUUUUUUACGAUGGAUCCAAAAAAUAAAAAAUAUUGCGGUUUUGUUUCAAGUGAGCAAAAGAAGGAAUUAAUUUUAUUCAUGGAAGAGCAUCCGGAAUUAAAGUCGGGCAAAUUCACACAAGAUUUUUCAUUUAAAACUGCACAAGCCUUGUGGAUAAAGUUAGCCGGCAGAUUGCACAGUCUCCCUGGAGCACAUAAGGACUGGAAACAAUGGCGUAAGACUUGGCAAGAUUUGAAGUCAAAAUCAAAGAAGAAAAAAACUGAAAUUAGAAAUCAUCAAAUGGGAACUGGAGGUGGACCAGCUGUGGCAGACCUUAAUAGUUAUGAUGAAAAAAUUUUAGAAUUAAUCGGACCGGUUCUAGUAGAUGGUGAUCGCAAUGUAGAGGAAUCCUCUUGCCACUUUACUGUCAGUAGUUUAAAUGAAAGCACUUUUAAUGUUGAGCCUAUAACUUUUUCCCCUGAAUCUAAUCACCCUUUAAAAUAAUACAUCACUAGUGCCGGUGAAUGUUUAACUGCAGAUGAUAAAUACACCUCCAUUGAUCAUUUAACUUCAAACACCUCUAAUAGGAAAAAGACUUCACGGAUCCAAAGAUUAAAUAAAACCAUACAGGCAAAUGAUAAAUUAAUUGAACUAACAAAGGAACAAAACAACCUACUCAAAAGAGAUGUGGAAGCUAAAGAAUCAAUAGCACAAAGUUUAAAGGCUCUAGUAGAAUACUUUAUACUUAAAGAUAAAUUGUCAUGAAUAUUUAGUUUUUUUUAAUGUAUUAUUCUUUUCAAUUUAGACAGUUUUUUAAUUUUUGAUCCAUAUUGUCUUUUUUCUGUGAAUCAAAAGGCUCUAUUAGACUUGUUUUUACAUACAGAUAAAUGAAAUAUUUCCAUUAUUACAAAUAUUUACUCGAAAAAAUUUCCACUUACUCUCUUAUUACCUAUAAUAUAAUGUACUGUGUUAUUUUUGUGAUAUUUAGUAUGACAAGUACCAAAUAACAUUAAGCAAGAGAUAUAAUUAUUAUUUUUAAGUUUGUUUUGAGAAAUAAAGAGAAUGUGAGUUCCUAUGUAGAUUUUUAAGCGUUCAGACCAUAUAU